AUGUAUUUUUGUUCAAGUAUUAUCUAUCUAUCUAUCUAUCUAUCUAUCUAUCUAUCUAUCUAUCUAUCUAUCUGUACAGUAUCUAUCUAUCUAUCUAUCUAUCUAUCUAUCUAUCUAUCUAUCUAUCUGCUUCUUUCUCUAUCUUUCUUUCUUUCUUUCUUUCUUUCUUUCUUUCUUUCUUCGCUUCCAUGCAUGAGCCAUGAUUGGACGAUCAUGUCCUCUUUGUUCGUCAUAUCUUCUUUCCUUCUUUUUCCUAUUUCUCCAUUUCUCCAUUUCUUUCUUUCUUUCUUUCUUUCUUUCUUUCUUUCUUUCGCCUUGAGCUCCAAAAAACAGGAAAAUGUAGAGAGAAAUGAGCUUCAACGUUCCGAAGGAACACGUCACAUAGGAAAAGAAGUAGGAGAAUUUGUUCUUCUUUUUUGUUUUAUAUUUAUUCUUUUUUAUUCCUCUUUCUUUCUUUCUUUCUUUCUUUCUUUCUUUCUUUCUUUCUUUCUUCCUUUCUUUCUUUCUUUCAUUCUUCUGCUUUCUCUUUCUUUCUUUCUUUCUUUCUCUAAAUCUUUUUUCUUUUCUUUUACAUUCUUUCUCUUUUCUUAUCCGAAUAUUCUUGUUUCUCUAUUUCUUUUCUUGAAUUGGCUUUUACUUACUCGUUUUUCUUUCUUUCUUUCUUUCUUUCUUUCUUUCUUUCUUUCUUUCUUUCUUUCUUUCUUUCUUUCUUUCUGUCUUCUGCUUUUCCAUUUGUUAUUUCUUUCUUUCUUUCUUUCUUUCUUUCUUUCUUUCUCAUGUGUUUUUCUUUCUUUUUUUCUGCUUUAA